AUGGCUGCCCCGUCGCAGAGAUCGUCGCGUUGGAUCGUCGCACUCGUGUCGCUCGCCGCGCUUGUCAUUCUCGGCCCCGUGUCGUUCUCCUCUCUCCCUCCAAUCCACAACGACGUAACGGCCACGUCAGCUUCGUAUCCAGCUAGUGUAGAUCUUCCCACGAAAAUGUCGUCAGCUGCUGCCGUAAAUCAGGCCGUCCGUUUUGGCGGUAACCACGGGGAAACCAAUCUGGACCGUACAGAAAGUGUAACGGUGGAUGGGAUCGGUCCAUCCUUCAACGCAGUACCAGACGGCAUCACUGACAACACUGCCGCAUUUCGGGCAGCUAUCAGUGCAGUACAGUCGCUGGUUGCCGCCCAAUCAGUGGACGGCGGAGGUGGUGCUGACGUGGCACUGGGGGCCACGCUGGUGGUGCCACGUGGCACCUGGCUGACUGGUCCGUUCAACCUCACCAGUCACAUGACUCUGUUUCUCCAGCAGGGCGCAACCUUACUGGCCAGCCCUCACAUGCCCGACUACCCUCUGGUGCCGCAGCCCCCAACGUACGGGCCAGGGAGAGAGCUAGACCCUGGGCCACGUCAUCACAGCCUCAUACUCGCUUACAACGUCACAGAUGUGCUUAUAACGGGAGAGAAUGGGACGAUUGACGGCAACGGGAGGCCGUGGUGGGAAGCCAUGGACAGGAAGAGCCUGCACCACAUGCGACCCCACGUGAUAGAGAUUCAGAGCAGCUGCCACGUGGCAGUCUCCCAUUUGACGCUGGUCAACGCGCCCUUCUGGUUCAUCCGCCCGCUCUACUCCUCCCGCCUCUCCUUCCGCCAUCUCACCAUCUCUUGCCCCAGCAACGUCAGACAGACAGACGGCAUUGACCCAGACUCCAGCACGCACGUGCUUAUAGAGGACUGCCACGUCAGCACAGGGGAUGACGCGGUGGCAAUAAAGAGCGGGUGGGACCAGUACGGGUACAACACCUACCCGCCUGCACCCUCUGCUGACAUCACAGUGCGCCGGGUCACCGUGCAGGUCCCACCAGGCAGUGACGGCGUGGGUCUAUCGAUCGGCAGUGAGAUGAGUGGCGGCGUGCAGAGAGUCACAUUCGAGGACUGCCGAGUGCUUGGUGCUGAUGUGGGCAUCAGAAUCAAAUCUGCCACCGGACGGGGCGGAUUUGUGAGGAAGUAA